AGACCUCAUCAGUUGUCUUUUGGCAUCCGUGCAGGGAGGACGUGCUGUACUUCGUCUCCCUCCUGAGCCCCUAGCCAUGAGCAUAGAUUUAGAUAAGCACCGGGACUCGAUACUGAAGGCCUUCAAUGAUGUAGUGAGUGACAAGAAGCCCGAGGACUGGGCUCUGUUUGGAUAUGAAGGGCAGACUAAUACAUUAAAAGUUGUAGGAACAGGAGAGGAUGGACUGGAAGAGCUGGCAGAUGACCUAAACAGCAGCAAGAUUAUGUACGCUGUGGUGAAAGUCAUCGACCCGAACACAACGCGUCACAAGAUUGUCCUCAUCAACUGGCAAGGGGAAGGCGCGCCGACUGUACGGAAGGGGACGUGCGCACGCCACCUUCAGGAUGUGCGUCGCCUGCUGCAGGGGAUACACGUGACUGUCAACGCUCGGGUGGAGGAGGAGGUGGAGCCGGAGGUGGUGAUGGCGGCUGUUCUGAAGGCCUCCGCUUCCUCUUAUAACUUCAGCGAGCGAUCUGAGACUGGUGACAGAACGGCUCCUGUGAAGAAGACUGGCCCCUCCUCCUCCUCCUCCACCUCUUCCACCUCCACCGCCUCCACCCCCUCCACCGCACCUCGCCCUUCCUUUCCUGCCCGACCUCGGCUCACUUUUGCUCCUACUACUCCUACUACUACUAUUACUACUAUUAAAACUGGUGGUGGUGGUGGUGGUGGUGGUGGUGUGGUUGGUGGUGGUGGUGGUUGCAUAUCUAAAAGUAUUGGUUCAGUAUGGGGGACAAAUUACCGUCGGACAAACCCUCUGGCUGAAAUUGACUCUCGUUCCCGUAACAAGUUCUGGGAAGAGCAGGAAGAGGAGGAGAAGAGGAGGAAGCAAGAGGAACAGCAACGAAAGGAGGAGGAACUGAAGAAGCUGGAGAAGGAGAGAAAGCAAAGAGAGAUCUUGGAGGCGCAGCACAGGGAACAGCUGACUAAGGAGAGGAACAGCCGGAUCCUUGCAGGGCGUCGGGCGGAGGAGGAAGCUGCCAGGAACCUCUCGGCCAAUCAGCAGAGGUGGCACGAACAGUCGGCCAAUGAACAGCAAGCAGAGGAGGACGAGAGGGGUAGAAGGGCUGAGGUCAUGAGGCAGCAGAGGAAGAAGGAGGCGGAGGCGCUGAUUGGCGGACGGACGCACGCAGCCAGGGACCUGUUUGAGCAGCACACUACCACCGCCACCACCACCACCACCACCAACCGCCCCCCACCGCGGAGACUAAAGGAAUUUAAUCCAGUCAAUAAUGCAAGAGAGGACAUGCAAGGCACACCACAGCAGCAGCAGCAGCAGCAACAACAGCAGCACACAGGCCCCAGCAAAGGUGUGACAGCACGAUGGCCCCCCGCUGCUGCUGCCUCCUCGUCCCCCGCCCAGCAGGUCUCCACCCCCUCCCCGGCACAGAGGAGGACUACCACUGCUGCCGCUGCCGCCCACCACACCCCAGUGCAGGACAUGAUCCCAGCGCAGUCCACCCCACCCGGCCCGCCCUCCAAGCAGCCCCCCACUGAGUCACCCCAGACAGCACAUCCGGAGGCAGGAGGAGGAGUAGGAGGAGGAUAUGUGAGGAACCUGAUGAAGGAAGGUCUUCCACUGCAGCCCAAGGAGGAGGAGGAGGAGGAGGAGAAGGAAGAGGAGGACCAGUGGGGAGAGGAACAGGAACCCCCCGCCAUCCCCACCACUACCAGUCCAUCUCUUCCUCACAUCCCUCCUUCAUCCACCCAGCUCCUCUCUGCCCAACCUUAUGCUCCACCCUCCCAUGGCCACUCUACAACCACUCACAUUGCCCCUCCAUCCAUCCAGAGCCCCACUCCACCCUUCUCCACCCCAUCUUAUACCCAGCUGCAGAAUAAUAAGAAUCUAGCUAUGAAGGGAGAAGAAAACAGCAGUAGUGGUUAUGGGAUACCUUCUCCUCCUCUCUCCACCUACUCCAUUCCUCCUCCACAAGACCAGGUGGAGGAGAAACGCUACCUCCCGCCUGGCCAGUCACAUUUUGGUGGAGAUAGUGGAAGUUACACAAAUGGCCUCCACCAAUCAGAGCUGAGGAACGGCACGGCGUCCCCCACCAGGCAGAACGGAGCCGCCCACCAACACCACACCACCACCACCACCACCGCGAUGGGGGAGGAGGCCGUGUCCGUCAUCAACCAGACCCCUGUGAUUGACGAGAGUGCUGGGAUGAUCUAUGAAGUUGAUGGGGUGGAGUAUCAGAUUCUCCCGGAACAUGGGUUGUGUGCGCGUGCUCUGUACGACUACCAAGCAGCGGAUGACACAGAGAUCACAUUUGACCCCUCGGAGAUCAUCACCAACAUCGACCGGAUUGACGAGGGUUGGUGGCAGGGCGUGGAUCCUGAUGGCAUGUACGGCCUGUUCCCUGCCAAUUAUGUGGAGCUCAUCAAUGAAGGGAGAGAAGGACGAGUAGGAGGAGGAGGAGGUGGAGUGGGAGGAGGAGGAGGUGGUGUGUGAAGGAAGGAGUGAGAGAGAAGAGGUGGUGAAAGGAGGUGGAAUUGUGUGGGAGGAAAGAUUUGAGUGUAUGAGAGAGAGAGAGAGAGAGAGAGAGAGAGAGAGAGAGAGAGAAUUAUUAGUGUUGCUUUUCCUAUAUGAACUGGCUGAGUCAUUUUUAUUACUAUUAUUAUUAUUACUAUUGAUUAUUACUAUUAAUUAUUAUUAUUACAUACAAAAGUAAGUUAACCCAUUGAUGAUUAUCUGCAUUUCAUUUUUUUAUUACAUAUAAUUGCAUUGCUUUCACUGCCCAAUUUGUUGCAUUAUUAUUAUUAUUAUUAUUAUUAUUAUUAUUAUUAUUAUUGAGAGAACAGAUACAUGAAGCUUUGCAAAGUUGACACAAACACACACACACACACACACACACAGAACACAAUAAAACAACUAUUAAAUAACUCCUGAAUCAAAAAACAAGACUGAGCACACAACAUUUUAACCUCCAUCACAUACAUGCCUGCCUUAUUUUCUGCAUUAUUUUCCAUUUAUUUAUCUAUCUACUCAUUGAGGGAAGGGAUCAGACACAACACAUACAACCAUCCACAUUUUGAAAUGCUUCUGGCUGCACCUCCACUACUUCCCGAAGACUGUAGUUCAAGCUAUACAGGUUUUUAAGGGUGUUUUUUAUGGUUAUAGUGAAAGAUUAACAACAUUUCUACAUUGCUAAUAGGAGAAACACUCUUAAAAGGCUCUAAUUGAAGCUAUAUGGUUUUUUAAGAGUGUUUUAAUAGUUGUAGUGACAGAUUAAUAACAUUUCUACUUUAUUAACAGGAGAAACACUCUUAAAAUUAAAGCCACGUGCUGUUUCAAGAGUCUAUUUGUGAUUCUAGUGACAGAUUAAUGACAUUUCUACACUAUUAACAGAGGAAAUGCUCUUGAGAAUCUGGCUGAUCAUCACUGUGCUCUUGGAAAAUAGUGGAGAGAGAGAGAGAGAGAGAGAGAGAGAGAGAGUGUGUGAGUGUGUGUAGAGGAGUGUGGGGGGGGGGGGAGGAAGGUUUGGAGAUUCACACUUGCUCUUGAAGGCUGGCAGGAAAUAUGAGUCAGAUUAGAUUAGAUAAAGAUUUGGGUACAAGUGUUCUGACUGUUGUGUGUGUGUGUGUGUGUCAUUGUACUUAAAUAUUCACUCUGACAUAAGGGAAACUGCAUUGUGAGAGUGGAUUUGGUAGAGAUAAGAAGAGAAAGGAGGUUGUAAGCUAGAUACAGUAAAUAUUCACUCAGACAUAAGGGAAACUGCAUUGUGAGAGUGGAUUUGGUAGAGAUAAGAAGAGAAAGGAGAUUGUAUAAGCUAGAUACAGUAAAAUUACAUUAGAGGAGUGGAUAUGAUAGAGAUAACAAGGGGAGAGGAGUGGGGAUGUGGACUUUCAUACAAUAAAGAGAAGUGGAUAUGAGAUAGAUUAGGAGUAGAAAAUGUGGACUUAAAUAUAAUAAACUGAAAGUGGAUUUGAUAAAGAAGGGAAGGAUUAGGAAUGUAGAAAUAAACAACAUAAGUGGAUUUGAUGAAGGGAAAAAAGGAUUAGGAAUAUAUAAAUUGAGCACACAUUAAUCUUUCCUUAAUCUACUUUUCUGGAUUUGAUGAAGGGAAAAGGAUUAGGAAUAUAUAAAUCGAACACACAUUAAUCUUUCUUUUUUUUUAAUCUACUUUUCAUGAUAGGAAAAUGUCUUGCUAUGUUAACUUUUUGUCCUUUUCUCUCUAGUUUCAUUCUUUUUUUAGGUACGAUAAACUUUAAAAAGGAAACAAAAUAGGCGAGAAAUAUUCCCCGUACAAUAAAUUUUACUUUUUAUUUUUCGACCAAGUUGUCUAGAAGUGAUGGAAAAAUAAAACUUGACACAAAACCAUUAUUACUAGCAGCCACAAAUUAACGAACGCUCAGGUGUACAAAGGUAGUGGACAGGUGCGGCGGUGUUGACCUUACUAACCUUACCUUAGUCAUAACGAGUAAUAAUAAUAACAAUAAUAUGUAAUAGUGUCAUUUUACUGUAAUUUUAUAUCAUUUACUAUUUUUACUAUUAUUUCUACUCCAAUGAUUUAGUCAAUAUGCUCCUAUUGUAGUGACUUAACACUUUUUUCACCCAUAAGAGUGACUUAGGGCUUAGGGAGAGGCUUGCAUUGCUCAUAAUUGCAUUUAACUAAAGGUGUGUAUGUGUUUUAGCAAGAUUAUAGUGGGGAGGUGAGUGAGUACGUGUGUGUGAGUGUGUGUGUCUGUUUCCCUCCCCACACGCACUGCAGGCAUAGUUGGUUUAAGUUAUUCCUCUGUUUUUCGUUUUAUCAAUUUGUUUUUUUUUGGUCUUUGUUUUGAUUUGGCUUUUGGUUCUGAUCUAUUUUUUUUUUUGUAUAUUUGUUAUUUUCUUUAUUUUUACUGUUUUCUGUUAUUCUUUAUUUUUUAGUUUUAUUUAUUUUUUUUCCUGAGUUAUUUUAUGCCAAGAAUCUUUAAAGUUACCAUUUUUCUCUCUUUUUUUUUCUCAUUAAUUUUCUCUCAUAUUCAUUAUUCACUUAAUAUUUUGUGUCCUGAUGAUUUGAUUUAACUCAUGUUCAUUUAUUUGGUGUUCCUUUCAUUAUCUUAUUAUUCCUCUAUGACAGAAGUGAGAAAGCUGGAGAAUUACUAGAAUUACUAUUGUUAUCAUCAUUAUCACACCUUUUCCUUGUUUAUUUACUUUAAUUUUUCAGUCUGCCAUCAGAACAGUGGCUGGUGGGGGGUGCUUUUGUUUGUUUGUUUGUUUGUUUGUUUGCUUGAUUGCUUGUUUGUUUGUUUGUUUGGCUUAUUGUUUCUGUUGCUCGUUUACAUUUUUGCAACUUUUUUUCUACAUUCGCACGUGUCAUCUCUGCAUCUAUUUGUUUACAGUGUGUGUGUGUGUAGGUGUGUGUACUUACAUGUUCCUAUUGUUAUUGUGUGUGUGUGUGUGUGUGUGUGUGUGUGUGUGUGUGUGUGUGUGUGUAGGUGUUCAUGAUCAAUAAUUGGCAUCCUUACAUCUUUAGACCUAUAAGUGUAACCAUUUCUUUAGGCCUUUGUUGAUUGGUAAUGAUUCACCUAAUUAUUAUUAUUAUUAUUAUUAUUAUUAUUAUUAUUAUUAUUAUUAUUGAUUUGUUCACUGUCCGGCUUGAGCUGUGUAACCCGAUGAAGUGAAGGAAUACUUAAAGGGGAGAGAGAGAGAGAGAGAGAGAGAGAGAGAGAGAGAGAGAGAGAGAGAGAGAGAGCGCACAAAUUAUCUUUAUGGUCUGUAUUCUUCCUUUUUUAAAUCAAAGUUGGAGAUCUGAAUGAAACCACAGGAUAUACACAAAACACACAUGAAAAGGGAUUAUUAAGGGAUUAUUAUUGUUAUUUUGAUUACUAUAGUUACUUGACAACCUAAGCAGCAAUAUAUUCCCUUUGUGCAUUUAAAAAAAACACUUAUAAAAUUACUCAUUAUAAUAAUCUUAUUUACUCAGUUUUUAGAUAUGAAAAACUAUGGUAAUAUCCCUUUUAUUUAAUGUGACAAGAGCGUUUAAUUUCAUAUGUUGAUACAAAUUGCAAUGAACACUAUUUACCCCAUAGAAUCACCUGCAUUUCUCAACUAUAUCAACCUGUGUUUCAGAAUACUUAGUUCAGUGUAUGUGUAUUGAGUGUGGUGGCAGAUUUGAUCCCUGUGGUUGUGUUAAAGUUAUUCGUGAUUGGCACUGAGCCAGCAUUGAGUAGAUGGUGUUGUGCUGUACCUGUCACCUUCCCAAUUCCAGGCUGGCCUUUCUGUGGCGAGAGAAUGAGGGCGUUUGUGUUGCUGUGAUGGGAUAGGUGCAGGUUUCCUUGUGAUUCGAUGCAAGGGGAAAGUGGAAUAUAUUGUAAUGUUUAAAUUUGAUGGAUAGAUUCAUAUUUCAUGCUCUGCGAUAGAAAAAAUGGGAAAUAUUGGAAUGUUACUGUGAAAACCCAGUAGAUAGAUAGGCUGAGAUUUCUUACUUGCAAUAGAAAAUGGAAAAUAUCAGUGUUAGAAAAUGGAAAAUAUCAGUGUUACAGUCAAAACUCAAUAGAUAAAUGGAAUGCCAGAAUGUUUGUGUUUUGAGAUUCAGUAGAUACACAGAGAGAGGUAGAUUUCUUGCCAGAACUUCUUAAAAAACAACAAAUUUAUGCUUUAAUCCCCUUUUAAAUGUGAGGAAGGCAAGCUAAGGGACAGAAGAGUGAAGAAAAAAUGAAUAAAUAAGCUUAUAUAUAAUUCUGCUCCUGUGAGGCAAAUAUUAAGUUGUAUCUCCAAGAACUGUAUUUACAAGGUACAUUCAACUACACUGACUUACUUAUGUAGGAGUGUAUGGGAAGCCUGGUGGCGGACCAUACAUUGCAGAACACUCGGUAAAUCACAAGCGUUUAGGAAUCUUGGCAUAUUAUCAGCGUUUUUCUUCUUUUCUCUUUUCACGUAAGAAUUGCACUGGCUGGGGGCAAGAAAAGAGCAAAAGAAAGGAAAAGGAGGCCCACUGAGGUGCCACUCCCCCAAAAGCUAUCAAAUGUUUAUUAAUACUCUUCCUACUCACAAUAUUCACUUUAGAUUAUAAUUAUUAUGCUAAUGUUCCGGUUUAACUUACAGUGCAUUAAUUAAAUGACCAUUACAGACAUUCGUGUCAUGCACCGUGAGGUUGUGUGAGGUCAAAAGGUCAGCCUGGGUUGGGGAGGUCGCAGUUGUUGUUCUACCCGAGACCUGGCGUGUUAAAUUUAAUAUCUGUCAAGUGAGAAGUGUGUUGACAUGUCAGUUUGUCAUAUUACUCAACCAUGUGUGUGUGUGUGUGUGUGUGUGUGUGUGUGUGUGUGUGGGGGUAAUUUAGGCUUAGUUACUCCUUACACCUUCCCUGGUAAUGUGCCUGUUUGUUAUACAUGUUAACUAAUACAGAGGUUAUUAUGAGUGUGUGUGUGUGUGUGUGUAUGUACAAGCGCAGGAAAACAAACUUCAAGUUAUCAACAUAAUCGAGUAAAUCCCUCAAAAUGUAUACACAGUUUGUAAUAAAUUUAAAAAAAGAAAGGGAGAAAAUGUAGAUAGUAUGUAUUUUUUAUUUUAAACAGAAGUAAGGAGAAAAUAUGAAUAGCCAAGAUGAAAAGAAUGAUAAUGGAAGUGAUUCAUGAGUUAGUCUUCUUCCUUUUAAUUAACACAAGUAAAAGAAAAAAAUCUAUAGCAAAUUUAUUAUCUAAACAGAAGUAGAGAGGAAAAAUAUAAAUAGUUACAAUGAAAAGAAGAAUAAUGAAGAUAAAAGAAUAUGUUAGUUUCCUUCACGUGAAAUAGAAAAUAGUUUCCUUCAUGUGAAAUAGAAAAUGAAAGCAAUAACAAUAAACAAUAAAUAAACAAUAAAUAAACAAAUGUGUCUUGGUGAAAAUAUUCUGGACAUUUUAUUCUGUGCAUUAAAAAAUUUUAAACGUUACGCUCAUUGUUGUUGUAGAGACGAGGCAUUUUCUUUCUCGGUAACACUCGGUAGCUACACUUCUUACAGCAGUGGCGAGAAUAAUGAAAAAAAAAGGACGUUACUUAUUUCAGCAUUCAAAAAGUAUCAUUAUUUAAGCUUAUUAUUGUAGAGAUAAGGUAUUUUCUUUCAUGGUAAUGCUCAGUAGCUACAAUUCUCCAUAUGGCAGUGGUGAGAAUAAUGAAAGAAAGAAAGCACAUUAUUUAUUUCAGCAUUCAAAGGUAUCAUUAAUUAAGCUCAUUAUUGUUCUAGAUAGAGAGAUAAGGUACAUUUUCUUUCUCGGUAAUGCUCAGUAGCUACAAUUCUCCAUAUGGCAAUGGUGAGAAUAAUGAAAGAAAUAAAGAAAGCAUGUUACUUAUUUCAGCAUUCAAAGGUAUCAUUAAUUACGCUCAUUAUUGUUCUAGAUAGAGAGAUAAGGUACAUUUUCUUUCUCAGUAAUGCUCACCACUUCUUUCAGCAGUGGUGAGGAUAGUGAAAAUGAAAUUACAGAAGCAUUACUGUGAAUGGUGAGGUGAAUAGAAGGAUGUUGUGAAUUGAGAGAUUAAAGAACAGGUGAUAUUUUAAUGUUAUUGAAGGAAAGAUGCACAACUUCAGCCAACUAUAAGGAACAAAAUGCGAGAUAAAUAAAGCAGUGUCGUAAUACUGAGAGGCAAAAGUGAACAGAAAACGUAAGAAAAUGCUGAAAAAAAUGAUAAAGACGACAAUAAAAGAAGAAUUAGGAAUGCUAAAGAAAAUAAUAAUGAUAAUAGAACCUCUUUAGAUGUACCAAUGCAUGAGAGAGAGAGAGAGAGAGAGAAACGUAUUACCACACAAAAAUAUUAACUUCCUCCAAACGUGUUCCUUAUAAAAUUAAUUAAGCGUUCAUAUAAAUUAAUGUUAAUCUCUAAGUCUCCCAUCUGACCUGACCUGCACUUAUUAUCUCAGGAUGAAUUAGAGAGUUUAAUGGAGUAUUUUUAAAGGCCUAACUACCCUGGGGAGACGUAGAGUUAAUUAUCACUUGUUCCUUCGGUGUGAUUUGUAGUUAUUGUUGUCGUUACAGUUUUUCCUCAUGUUGGUGUGUACAAUAUUCUGAAACUGGUUUGGUGGUGGCGGUGUUUUAAGUAAAUACGUAUCUUUUCUCUAGUUUCGCAUGGGGCGUUGUAACGUAUGAAUUGUUCUUUUGCUGGAUGGUUUAAUUAAUGGUCUGGUGUACUGUUGUUGCAUUUGGCGGAUUUUUAUUUAUUUAUUUAUUUUUUUAACUUCCUGCAGUAAAUGUUAUGGUUAUUUAAAGGUGUGAGUUUUCAGAAAGAUUCAUAGAGUAGGAUAUUUUGAUUAUUAUUGUUAUUAUUAUUAUUAUUAUUAUUUUUUUUUUUUUUUGGGGGGGGUUGCAGUGAUUGUGUCAUUGGAAGGGUUAAGUUGGCCUUCUAACAUUGUAUUAAGUAUUGUAUUUUGGAUUUUUUUUUUUUUAACAGGUUGCAGGAAUUAUUGUUAUCCCUUGCAGUUAUUAUUAUUAUAAGGUUCCUCCCUCAAGUUGAAUAAAAGAGGUUAUGAUGUUUUUUUGUAAAGUUUAAAAUUUAGUAUUAUCACUGAAUUUUUUUUAAAGGGGUUUGCAAUUGUAAUUCACUCAUGUAUUUUUUUUUUUUUAAGUUUUCUUACAAAUACGGGCAAAUAGGUUUGUAAAUAUUUUGAAAGCCAUCUAGAAAUAUUUUGAAAGCAAGCCAUCUAGAAAUAUUUUGAAAGCCAUCUGAAAGUAUUAUCAGAUUUGAAUAUGUUUUUUUUUUUACAAAUUUGUAGUUAUUAAUUUGUGCAGUCUGAAAUUCUCUCAUGAAAAAAAAAAUUAUACAUUUCAGAAGUUUAUGAAAAGUAUUAAUAAAAUGUUUUCGGGUGUGUUUCUAGCAGACUUAUCAUUAUUUGUAUUCACAGCUUUUCUAGUCUUCCUUACUCACAAGUGCUUACAAAUAUUCUGAAAUUAUUAUUAUUAUUAUUGUUUUUUUUAUUUAUUUUUUAGAAAACUUGAUUUUUGAGCAGCAUAAGGCUGUAUCAGGGACGUGAAGUGAAAACCUAUACACAAAAUAAGUACGUAUCUGUCUGGGUUGUGUUGACAUGCAUAACUGUGUAUAUAACUAUUUGUAAAGUUAAAAAAAUAUUGGGUCUGUGCUAGUUUUUUGGUCUGUAUGUAUGUAUAUCUAUAAAAAAAAUAUAUGUAAAUGUAAGUGAUAAUUAUUCUGAGUUACUUUUAUUUUUUAUUUUUAAGAGGUGCAGAUAUCUUGAAAGAGGCAAAAUUUCAGUGACUUGUUCAUUUACUUUUAUUUUAUUGUAAAGAGGAAAGUUUUGAAUUUCGUAUCAACACGGUUCAGCAUCUCACUUUUUUUUUUUUAUUAACAAAAGAAAAUGAAUUGUGAACUUUGUCUUAGCUACCUUUAAACUAACAGGCUGUAAUUAUGCACCAAGUAGUGAGGGAAGCAUGGUAAUUACACCUCUCUUUACAAGCAUAAUAGGGGGGCAAAAACCCCUUAUAGCUUCUGUAAACGUUAUGAAGAUGUCAACAAAAAAUGCUUCGACCAAAUAAACAAAAAAAUGCUUGGGCCAUGUAGUGAUGAAAAUGCUUAAAAAAUAUAUAUAGAACUUGCUUGGGCCUGGAAUUGUUGCAUGGGUGAGAAAAUUGCCCUAAAAAUGUUCUGAAAAAUGUUUUGAAAAAUGUUUAAAUAUCAAAUGCUUGUGUGUGUGUGUAUGUGUGUGUGUGUGUGUGUGUGUGUGUGUGUGUAACCUCAACAGCUCAGAAACCAAACUUUAGGCUAACUAAUGAAUAAAUCAACAUAAAUGAAACAUAACUGUCUGUAGCAGAAUAAAUAAACAUACAUACGUACGUACGAGUGUGUAUGAAUGUACGUACAUGCAACAAAAACCCCCUGUUAUACGCAUCACAAAGCUGUACUGGAUUAAUAAAUGUACGACGCAGACCACAAAUAAUGACGAGAGAUUUCAUUAACUUUCACUCACUAAACGCUGAUGCUUCCCUUUUAAUUUAGUUCAGGUGGAUGAAACAUUUUGAAACGUGUCAUUAUUUGUGUCUGCGGCUGUACAAGUCUGUCAGUUGAUUGCAUGAGUGGGAUUACAUGACUGGCUAAUAAUUAAGGUGACAAUAAAAAUAAUGGUAAUGAAAGAUGAGUGAGAAAAAUGUAAUUGAGAAAGAAAAGUGAAGAAAAUGUGGUAAUUGAGGAGAAAAAUGAAAGAAAAUGUGGUAAUUGAGAAAAAAAAAAGAAAAUGUGGUAAUUGAGAAGAAAAAAUGAAAGAAAAUGUGGUAAUUGAGCAGAAAAGUGAAAAAAAUUGGGUAACUGAGGAGAAAAAUGAAAAAAAAAUCUAGUUAUUGAGGAGAAAAGUGAGAAAAAAUCUGGCAAUUGAGAAGUGAAAGAAAAAUCUGAUAAUGGAGAAGAAAUGAGAAUAAAAACUCUGCAAGUUGAGUGGGAGACAAGCAUGGGAGAAAAAAAAAUAAAAAUAAAAAAAAAUAGAAUGAAAGUGGGGGAAAAAAAAAAAAUCAGUGUGGCGCAGGUGGUGCAGGGAAACAACUUUUAACCCUUUCAUUGCUAUUUGACACUUCCUUAAUUAGACUCUGGAACAUGUUUUCAUUUAUUUAUUUUAUUUUAUUAGUUUAUUUUUUUUCUUGUUCUAGUCACCUCCAACCACUGUACUUCCAAGGAAUUGAGAAAAAAAAAUUCUUUUCACCCUCUUCUUUCUUGUGGAUACAUGCAAAGAGCCCAUGAAUUUCUCUUUUACUGAAGAAAAAUAAUAAUUAGUUUUCUUUAAUGUGUAAAGAGUUCAAUUAAAUUUUUGCUUUAUACUUUUUUCAUUGCCUAAAGAUCACAGGUAGUCAAGCAUUAAUUAAAUUAUUAUUUCCUUAUUUAUUUUAUUUCCAUUAACUUUUAUUUUAUUUCAUUUAUUUAUUUAUUAAUUAUGUAGGAGGGUCAUCAGACAAAGACAACAACAAAAAAGACCCACUGAGGAGCUUAAACUGGUGUCAAUUUUUGUAUAUGACUGGGCAGACCAACUUGUUUUCACUUUAACUGUAUUUUUCCCCCCACCACAAGCGCCACACAAACUGAGGUGUGUCUGAAUACUUGCUUUGCUACUAAACUCUCAAAUCCACAGGCAUUGAGCUACUAAGGCACCAUAGAACCUGUAGAAUGAUGAUUUUGCUGCUACUAAAUCUGACAACUGCAGACUGCUACACCAACAACCCAUAGAACCUGUAGAACAAUAACAUAAUCAUUAAGUUCUGUCCAUAUUACAGCUCAAACUGGCUUAACUUUGUACUGUACAGCCAAUUAACGUAAGAGAAACUGUGGUGUGUGUGUGUGUGUGUGUGUGUGUGUGUGUGUGUGUGUGUGUGUGUUUUAUGUUUUGUAAUGACACCUAUAAUAUUAAUAAUAAUAAUAAUUGUUAUUUUUGAGAAAUAAAAAAUUGCCAAUCAUCUAAAA